AUGCAGGGUACAAUGAGGGAAACCGGUCAAUCAGAUACGCAGUGGUUACAAUGGGUACAAAACCAGUUUAACAAUUUAGCCGGCAAUGAAGGACAUAUCACAUAUAAAAGAUUUAAGUCGGUUUUAAAAAUCAAAGAGUCCUUCUUCGCCGAGAAAUUUUUUGAUUUUUUUGACAAUGAUGGAGAUGAGAAGAUACAGUUGUUUGAACUAAUGGAUGGAUUAAGAACGUUAACUCGUGGUUCGACCACUGAUAAAAUACGAUUUCUCUUCAAUCUAUACGAUCUUGACGGAAAUGGUCACAUAGAUAUAGAUGAAUUAAAAACAGUGCUACAGUCUUGUGUUAAUGAAAGUUCUCUGAAGAUGAGUGAAAUCGAUGUUGAUAGGUUAACAGAAGUACUAUUUGAUUCUGCUGAUACAGAUUGUAGCGGUGAAAUCACUUUUGAAAAACUGCAGACUGUUCUAGAACAACAUCCAGAGGUCAUGAAGAACCUUACAAUCAGUGCUGCAGAAUGGUUAAAACCAAGCAAAACCGAAAAGAAACGAGAAUUACCAAGAUAUCUUCAAUCUAAUUAUAUCAGAAAUAAUCUCAAGAAAAUUAUUUUCUUCAUCAUUUAUUUUAUGACGAAUAUCGGAUUGUACGCUUAUGGUGCAUAUAGUUACCGCGAAUCGAAUAAUGCUAUAAUAAUAGCACGGGGUAGUGGAAUGUGUUUAAAUUUUAACUGUAUGUUUGUACUUGUGUUGAUGUUAAGAAAAUGCAUCACGUGGUUAAGAACUUGGCAAUAUGUCUAUUGUAUAUUACCCCUGGAUCAACAUAUACUUUUCCAUAAAACCACUGGAAUAAUGAUAGCAGUCCACAGUUUAAUUCACACUAUGGGCCAUAUUGGCAAUGCAGUUAUUGUUUCUGAAACGAAUAAUAUCACCGCCGUGGAAGUUAUAUUUACCACAAAGGCUAACCUAGGUUGGUUACUUGGUUCUGCACCAAUAACUGGGGUCCUAUUAUGUCCAAUAUUAAUAGUUAUGGUGAUUUGUUCCAUGUCCUUUGUCAGAAGAAGUGGUCAUUUUGAGAUAUUCUACUAUACACAUAUGUUAUAUAUACCAUUCUGGAUACUAUGUAUAAUACAUGCCAGUAAUUUCUGGAAGUGGUUCAUUGCCCCGGGAUUGAUAUUCUUCGUUGAAAGUAUCCUGAGAUCCAAACCUAUGAAGUUAGCUACACAUGGUAGAACUUUUAUUAAAGAAGUGAAUCUACUUCCGUCCGGUGUUACACAUCUAGUUAUUUCCCGUCCACCUAAUUUUGAUUUUAAACCUGGAGAUUAUUUAUUUAUACAGAUACCUAUGUUAGCUAAAUACGAAUGGCAUCCAUUUACUAUCAGUAGCGCACCGGAAAUGGAAGGUUUCAUCUGGUUACAUAUCCGAUCAGCUGGUUAUUGGACAAAAUCUUUAUAUGACUUCUUUGAAAAAUACGGCUCUGAUCAGCGGAGAAAAUCAACCAUUACAGGCCAAAUAAAUAAAGCUUUCCAUGAUGGCUUAGAUAAAAUAGAAAGAGGAAUCAAAGAAGUUUCAACAUCUUUUACACAUAGACAAUCUAAAGGAACUUAUUUGUUUCUAAGAAAGAUAACAGCUGAAGUAUAUUUAGAUGGUCCGUAUGGUACAUCAACCCGAGAGAUCUUCCAAACGGAGCAUGCCGUUCUGAUAGGAUCUGGAAUUGGUAUCACACCUUACGCUUCCAUCUUACAGAGUAUCAUCUAUAGAUUUAAUGCUAUCACCAGAACUUGUCCAAAAUGCCACCAUUGUUUUAAUGAACCUUUAGCCGGUUCCAUGAUGAAACUUAAAAAGGUUGAUUUUGUCUGGAUUAAUCGAGAUCAGAGAGCUUUUGAAUGGUUUACAAGUCUUUUGACUCAACUGGAAUUAGAACAAGUUAAAAAUGGCAGUCAUCUAGACAAAAUAUUAAAUCUCCAUAUGUACAUGACAGCCGCCGUCCAGAAAGCUGAUAUGAAGGGAAUCGGAUUACAAGUAGCUCUUGAUCUAAUCCAUGAAAAAGAACAGCGUGAUUUAUUGACAGGUUUGAGAACAAGAACUAAAGCUGGCCGUCCAGACUUCAAUGAGUUGUUUAAAUCCAUAGCUGCUCAAAAACACGGAAAGGUUAAAGUAUUUUUCUGUGGUGCCCCUGUUGUUGGGAAAGCUAUUAAAGAACACUGUGCAAAGUUUAAAUUCGGUUUUCGAAAGGAGAAUUUUUGAAUCAUUUUUCAACGAUUUGUUGUGUCUUCCAUUUGGAUUGUGGAUCAAUGUGCAAAAGAAAUCCCGUUUGGACAAAAAACGAUACUUCCACAUUGAAACAAAUUCUGAGAACUCAAAUCUGUAUCGCGUUCUCAUUGAUGUGCCGGAUGUCCUGAAUUCAAUGUUAUGCUCUUUUGACGUUUCACUAUAUGUUUUCAGUAUCUUAUACUAAUAUCAUAUGUUCUCUGGACGUGUGCGUUUCAAUUCGUGAAUCACAGUGUUCCCGGAUGUUCGGAUCACGCUGGUUGCCGUUCGAAAAACCACGAUUCUUAUAAACUGUGUAUUUUUACGAAAAUUGAGACCAUUGUAGAUAUGUUCUCAAUAAUUGUUAAAUUCAUAGAUAAGUUAGCGUGUUCCCAACUUUAUCGACAAUUUUCAAUAGAGUGUCAUCUCAUGAUGAUGUUCUUGAAUCACAAUAUUUCAACGGAUCCUCAAAAGUAGGUCCACAUGGUGAAACAAAUAUGACGUAAAACUCCAUUCAUUUCAUUUCAAAAAUCGGGAAACAAUUUCAUGUUCUCAUUGAUAUGUUCAAUACCGCAGCAACCGUGUCUACCGUGUUAUAUCCAGAGAAGUUUUUUAAUGGCUCACACACUUACUUUUAAAUCUUAAACAUGCUAUCCCGUGAACUUAUGUUCUCAAUGUCGUGUUCCAUCGCGUUGUCAUGUUCCUAAUUUAUUCGUUUUUUGUUGAUCUGUGUUAUUCUGUAUAGACUAGACUUUGAACUAUCUAAAACUCUUUACCGUUAUAUUCUGAAAAGCGACCAAAUGUUACAGAUGACGUUCUAGUUGUAACGCCUCGAACAGCGACAGCUCGUCUUCCGGACAUAGAUUGAUAUUACGGUUUUUCGAUUAACAGACGUGCUCUGUUUACGUUAUACAAAUUACUAUAGUAAGGUAAUAGGUUUUGAAGAGCAAUACCGGCUCGAAAGUACUGGCGGAUUCGAACCACAAUGCAGAAGUACCGCUUACAAAUUUUUUUACCGUUACCGAGGCUUCUUUUAUGUAACACAUGUCUGUUUAAAAUUGUGAUAAAGAAUACUGUUCACAUCAUUUUCAAUGGUUGAUUUGCAACCAAUAACGUAUCAUUAAUUAUAUUGUCUACUUUUAUAGUGACAGUGCUUCAUUUUGUUAUCACCAAUUUGUAUCGUGACCGCUGUAAAUAUACCAAGUGAUCUAUAAUGGAAUUAAUUAACAAAUGAAAUCCACCUUACCCGAUUGCGUUGAAUACUAGUAACCAUUUUUUAUUUUAUUAACAUUUUAAAUUUGAGAUAUUUUUUCUUUUUACAAUAAAUAUUUUAAAAAUG